AUGGCUACAAAAACAUAUAUUUGGAAACGAGCUUAUAUUCCAUAUGGACAAGCUCUGUUUGAAGAGCUUGAACCAGAAACUCAGGAAAGAGUCAUGCAAACAAUACGCAAAGACUCAAAUACAGACUAUGACAAACUCUUUCUAGGAUAUAGGUUACCUGAGAUGGGCGACCAGAGCCCAAAGGCAAAAAGGACAUGGGAAAUUUGCAACAUACUAGAUGAACAUAAUGCAAAGAUGCAACAACUUCAAGCAGAGGGCAAUGAAGGAAAAAGAAGAGUUAAAAACUCAGUCAGGAAGAAAGUAAAGCUUGGUCCACGUGGGUUCUAUUAUGACAUAUAA